AUGCAGUCAGUUGUCGGAAACUCUGCUCAUGUGGAGCGCCAGAAUCUCUGCAACAGGAAGGCCCAGUGCAAGCAGGCCAUAUCAUUCACACCGCUUACGAGCCAGGCAAAAGUAAAUGAUUUGUGGAGCAGGCACAGUCGAAGCCACCAAAUGAGCUACGGUUUCAUUCCGCUGAAUUCCUUUGGCCAGCUUUUGUUGUUGCUGCAGGAAGAGCCGAGAGGAUCAUCUUUAUGGAAAACAACCAGCACAAAACGACGAGAAGGACGCAGAAAUCAUAAAGUGGUUUUGAACAAGUUAAAAAAGCGCAUAGGGGAAAAAAAGGAAAAAGCUCAGAACCAAUCUCAUUCAUAGCGAUCCGUGCGCA